AUGGAGAUCUUCAGCAUUCAGCAGUUGGUAAGCGAUGGAGGGGUCGGGUGGGGGGCUGAGGGCAAUCCAGAGCAAACUGGGAGUAGUGGGAUGGGCUCUCAGCUCAGAGAUGGGCAAACGGCAGGCUUUGGCUUUUGUUUUUUUAAUGAGAGCCUUGAGGUACAGCAGCCACAGUUUGGUGCAAAACACUGUGGGGCCAGGCAUGUGCGCGCUGAGAAUUAAGAACCGGAUGUCUCUGUGAGUGUCUGCUCAGCCCAGGAAUUUGUGACCAGGACCAGGACUGAGCUGGGUUGUUUCAAUUGUUUAGGCAAUUAGUUAGAACCCCUUGCAGGCAGACUGCACAUCACCUAGAAAUCUACUCAAAGGCUCCAAUGUGCUUUCUUCCCACACCUGCCAUAGACCUUAUUUGGGUGGGAAGGUUCUCUGAUCCAGGACUGCUCCAGACUGCGGGGGCAGGGCGGGGGAGUCACACUCCAAGUGUCAGGCAGUGUGGGUUGGGGUGGCCAGCUAUGUGUUGCCCCCAAAAGAAGACAAAAGGGCCAGCAGUUUCCAUAUGGCCAGUUAGCUGUAUACAUGCAAAUUUAGAAUGGCACUCAUUUCAGUAGGAAUGCAGUACAAUACAGCCGACCAGCAGGUGAUGGGGGUGUGCCUGCUGCAGCUCCACGGUAGCCCACCUGAAGGCUCUGGGGUCAAUGGGGCUGAGGAAGUCUCUUGUAUGAAACAACAACAAUUAAAUUUGCUGUCAAGGGACGGGUGGAGUAUCUGCUUUGCAUGCGGAAGGUCCCUAGUUCAAUCCCCAACGGAAUCGCCAGGUGUGGGGCUGGGAGAGAACCUGCUUGACCCCUCCCCCCCGAAUGCUGCUGCCACUCAGUGCAGGCAAUAGUGAGCUAGAUGAAUCGGUGAAAGGCAGCCUCCUAUGUUCCUUUGCUGAAUGAGCUGAGACAGUGAACGAACUCCUUCAGCUGCCUUAUAUGUGCAGGCGGGAAGGAUGUCACAAACAAGCCUGCUAGGCCUCCCCUGGCAUGAGGAUGGCCUGGCGCUGCAGCUGGUGCCUUUUUUGGCUGCUGUGUCCAGCUGAAGCUCUGCUUGCUGCCUCAUGGAGGCCACCCAAGACCUCUGGGUGUCCUCUUCCCUGGAGACCUAAGAAAGAAGGGAGCCACUGACCGCGCUGGGGGGACUGAAACUGGGGAGAAAAGAGCCAUUCCGUUCAUGCUUGGCCUGUGGCAGCAGCAAGGCCUAGAAGCCAUCGCAUUACUCUAGCAAUGUUAUGCUCAGGCGCUGCGCAGCCGGGGGGGGGCUGCCUCAGGUGGCACAUGUUGAAACACUAUUUAAGGGUGUGGGGUGUGUUUUCUAACCUGUGGGCUGCCUUCAUUAUUUCUGGGGUCAUCCCUGCCAAGCUUCAGGGGGGUCCCCGGAAAGUGGGGGAGGGGGGAUCAAGAAAGGCAGGAGCAGAGCCUGAAAGGUGCAGCAAGACUUUUUAGUGUUGACCCCAGCAGGGGGUGAGGGGGGCACGCCUUGGGUUCCAUCCCAGGCAACCAAAUGUAUUUGUAACGUAUAUUUUGGAAGGGGAGCAUAAUGGAGGCUUUAAAAGAGGAAUGGACUAAUUCCUGGAGGAUGAGGCUAUCAGUGGGUACUAGUGAUGGCAUAAGGCCAUUGCAAGCCAGGAGAGUUUAUUCAACAAUUAAUCUGCUGCAUUUAUAGCCCAGCUCCACCCCACCCCCCGAGCUGAAGGUGACACACAUGGUUCUCCCUGUGACAACAACCCUGCGAAGUAGGUGAGGCUGAGAGGCCGUGACUGGCCCCGGGGUCACCCAGUGAGCUUUGUGACUGAAUGUAAGCCUCGGCCUCCCAGGACUGAGCCCAGUUCCACCCCACCCCACUGGCUCUCUUCUGGACCCCCAGUGCUUCUUGCUGGUUUCCCUUUGGGCUUCCUAAAGGCAUCUGGGUGGCCACAGGGAGAACAGGAUGCGGGACUUGAAGGGCUCUUAGGUGUUUGGGUUUUCUGCCUCGCUGCCAACAUGUCUCCUGUUGUCUCUGGACAUCUCAAGCAUCGCGUUUUCCUUUGGCCAGGGAGAGCGUGGGGCUGGGUGUGGGCAGACCACGCCGAGCUACAAGCAGUCAGGAAAUGAUCACCCUCUUGCAAUGACUGGGACGGGCAUGAGAGCCUGGGGCUUCAUGGGAAUGAAGUUUGCCCAGCGGCUGUUCCCAGUCACCUGCUAGUGCCUGGGGAUUUUCCACCCUGGAGACGCCCUGCCUCAGGCGCCCAAAUGUCUCCAGUCGGCCCUGUGGUGGACAGUGCUGACUUUGCCCUUGCGGGAGGAGGGAGCAUUCGCCGCACAUGAUGUGUGUUCCUGAGCCAGGGGCUGCUGCUUAUAUACAUAUCUAUAUAAAUAGAAGUUGCUUCAUCAGGGCCAGGAGGAGCAGGCGGCAGGGAGGGGGGGAAUGUUGCAAGUUGGCCCUGGGCACCCUUUCCACUUGGCGGGAGAGCAAGGUGGAUCAGCAACUUGCAGAAACAUAUAAACUGGGCUGAGGGAGCAACUGACUGCAGGCAGGUGGGAGCUUAAGAGCAGCUCAAGAACUCCAGUGGGCGUUCUGGGGCCAGGUAGGCUGCUGUGGAUUCUGAUGCAACUGAGGCAGAUUGUGCCCCUUUGGUGCAUUUGUGAGACGACCUCCUUAAGUUAUUUUGUACACCUGCAAAACCUGGGGCUCUCCCUCUCCCUCCCACCCUGUUUCCCGCCCUCCUGCCCUGCCCUGGUCCAUUUUAUGAAUCAUUGCUGUCAUUACUGUCUUUAUAUCACCUCCUUCCAACAAGGAGAUCAAGGUGGUAGACCCAGUGAGUUUCACCGCUGAGUGUAGGAUUUGAACCCUGGUCUCCUAGGUCCUAGUGCAACCCUCUAACCACAGUACCACAGAGGCUACAAUCCCAGCAGCACAAGAAACUGCCUUAUAGUGCUUUCAGGCAGCAGGUCUCCAGAGUUUCAGGCAGGAGACAUUCCCAGCCCUACCUGGUGAUGCUGGGGAUUGAACCUGGCACCUCCUGCAUCCAAAGAGAUUCUCUACAGCUGGGCUAUUGACACCCACCACCAGAGGGAUAUAGACACUUUGCUGGAAGAGAGAGAGGGGCUCAAGACAGUCCUCAUGCUCCUGCCUUUUUCCCUCUCCCGCCAGGUAAGUGGCGAACGACAUGACGAGAAAGGGAGAGGUUUUGAAGUGCUGGCAGGAAGCGCGGCCAGGGAGCCAGAGAGAUGGCGGUCAGGCCCGGCAGGCGUGUGGGAAGCAGUCAGCAAGGAAAGGCAGAAGGCAGAAGAUGCGAAGAAGAAAAAGGUGGGUGAGAAGUUCCACCUUGCUCGUGGGGGGGGGGUGGCAUGGGCAGGGGCCUGGCUUCCCCACAGCCACAAGGGAGCAAUAGUGGACAAGAAAGCUCUUGUCUGGCAAGCCAGAUGGCCAGCUGUUCCUUGGUCCCCCAGCAGUCAAUGGGCUAAACAGACAACACAAAGGUGUGCACCUGGGAUCUCUUCACGCAGCUGAGCCAGAGGCUGACCUGCGUUCCCAAGGCAUCACAUGGCACUUGAAAGAUCAAAGGUGCUUCCAGACAUGGAUGAUUUAGCAGCAGCAAACUCAGGCAGUUCUGCUUGAAGCUGGAAUGGGAAGAGCAGCUCUGCUUCCAGGUUUCUAACUCAAUGUAGUCAAGUGGGCAGGUCCACCCCACUUUCCCCCAGACUUCAUUGUAGGAUGUGGGGAGGGGGAAAUGCUAUGGGACUACUGUAUGUGGGGAAAGGACUAAAUACUCCCUGCACUGUAUUCUCUGAUGUGAUCACACACACCCUGCUUCCUAUAGCAGUUUGGAGUAUGUGUGUAAACAGAUGUAAAGGCAAUGAUAUUUGGGGAGGAGAGAGUGAAAGCGAUAGAGCCGAUUCCUACAAAAGAGAGACAGGCCACAGAAAAGGAAAUGGCUAGAGCACAUUCUAGAGGAUGGUUGAGCAAUCUAUAUGAAUACAGAUCUGGAAUAGCAAUGCAAUGGAUCAUCUACACCAGUGUUUCUCAAACAUGGGUCUCCAGCUGUUGUUGGACUACAGCUCCCAUCAUCCCUAGCUAGCAGGGCCAGUGGUCAAGGAUGAUGGGAGAUGUAGUCCAACAACAGCUGUAGAUCCAAGGUUAAGAAAAACUGGUCUACCCUCGGGGAGAUUAUGGUCCGGAUGCUCUGCUUCUAUUAAAUGUCACUGAAGACUGAAUCCUCUUUAUGCUUUGAUCUCUUAGCCCUUCAAGGGCCACAAGAUUCUGUCGGCUCUGUUGCACUUAUUGAUUGAUUGAAUUUAUAUCCUGUCUUUCCUCCUGAAGGAGCUCAGGGCAGCAAACACAUUCAUAACAAAACAUUUUUUUCAAGAAAGCAACAGACAAUUGGGAGCCUGAAAGGGCACUCCUGAUGACUCCUUGGCUUGUGUUUGGCUCGUGGGUGCCUUUUACAUUUGGCAUGGAAUGCAGGUCUCUCUCUGGGUCUGGUUCUACUCGGGAGCUCUCAGUCAGAGCCCCUGCAUGAAGCCGGGUCCUGCCCAAAAGCAGCUGCAGCUGUUCCCUGUCAAGGGGAUACCAGGUGGGUGGCUGCACCCCAAGUGGCCCACGUGGGUGGAGGGCUGUCAGCAUCCUGCCCAGUGGCUAGAUCCCAUUCUCCACCCCUGGUUUACUGUGAAGCAGUGUGGGGCAGCCUCCUGAAUACAGUGAGCACCAGGAAGAGUGGCAGGAUAAUUUGAACUGUGGCAGACAAGCAAACACCUCCCUGCUGUGAAGCAGCCCUCACAAACCCCUCUGAAAUGAAUGGAAGCUUUGCAAGGGGGCGCGGCAAAGCUCUCCCCUUGGGCGUCCCAGGCCUCCUCUCCCCCACUGUGGCAGGUGCUGUGGGGGAAGCCGGUUGCCCACACAUCUCCUUUCCCCCUGUCUCCUUUCCAGCUUGAGACACUCAGCAAUUCCAGGCUGAAGCUAGACAGCCUGCAGGACUUGGAGGCGCUUGUCAAGCUUCGCAAGAAUAAGAAGAGGUUGAAGAAAGUGGUCCGCCCCAAAGAACGGGAGCCAGAAGUGAUGGUGAGUCUCCGCAGGCUUUGCCAGAAGACUGUGUGCUGCCGCACAGGUGUAGCCUUGACACACUGCUUUAGAGGGAGGGGGCUGUGCUUCCCCUGCAAGAGGAAGUUUGUGGCUUGGACCUAGCUUGGCAGGCAUUCAUCCCCCAAAGGUUCUUGCGUUGGUGCACCACCAAUUGCAUCUCUUCUCAGAAAAACCUGGUCUUGUCACAGGUAUCCAUGCUUGGAUAGCAUCCCAGAUAGACUGCCUGUGGGACUGCCUGUGAUCAGCACUUGCAAGCUACUAUGGUGCCCAGGUUACCAACUGGGUCCCAUCAUAAGACGGCUUCCAGGUUUUUUUUGGGUGCAAUUCAAAGUGCUGCCCCCUUGCAAGCCCUAAAUUAAUUAGGGGCUGGUGCAUCUCUCAUAGGAACUUAUUCAACAUACCCAGAUCGGCUUUAGAGGUCCCCUUUAUAGGGCUGGGACAAGACAUUUUGCUACCUGAAGCAAAGGGCAAGAUGGUGCCAUCACAUUCCACACCCGGAAUUCAAGUUUCACCUUCCACACCACCAGCAGGACAGUGUCUUCUGCUGCAUCCCUGAGAGCAGAGGCUGGCUUAAGGGUCCCCAGGGGAAUGGUGGGAGAUGGAUGCUCUGCCCACCAGCAUUGGCACCUGAAGCAGAUGCCUCCCUUUGCCUAAUGGUAGGGCUGUCCCUGCCCAUCCACCUUCAGGGCUAAGCAAGUUGGUUGCAGACUUUGCAAUGGAACAGCCAUAUUGUUAUCUCUGAGGCACUAACUAAACCUUUCUUUUUAUAAGUAAAAUUAUUAUUAGAAUUAUUAGUAGUAAAAUUAUUAAUUAUUUAAACAGAAUUUGUACAUUGUUCAAUGAAAAAAACCCUAGUAGUAGUAGUAGUAGUAGUAAUAGCAAUAGCAGUAGUAUUGCUUAGUUUUGGGGUGGGGUGAAGGUGGACAAGGCAGACUGAGUGUCCCCUCUCUUCAAAGGGGGACAGGCACCUUGUGGAAAAGCAGAGUUUGACUCCUAUCCCUCUCCUCUAUAGACAGAGCCUGUGGGUCCAGUGCAGUUUCUUCAAGCGGCACUGGAGAACCGGAUUCCUGUCAUUGAGAAAUACCUGGCAGAUGGAGGGGACCCCAACGCUCAUGACAAGGUAAAGGGGGUGCUAAGAAACGCAAGCCUCCUGCUUCCAUCCGGAAUUUGCCUAAUGAUGAAACAGUUCAGGGAGCCUACGGCAAAGGCAAGGAUGGCAGCUGGGGUGGAGGAUACUAGCAAAGGGAGAGAGAGGCAAAUUUGCCCAAGAUAUAUUGGUGUGAAGAGCCAAAAAGCACCUCCCCUUUUAUUCAGCCUUAAAGGGUGCAAUCACCUGGGGCAUUCUCUUGCACAAGCCCCACUGAAAGGAACCAACCUGAUAUUGCGCAACUCUCGCUCACUCUGCAGGAGAUCUUCUCUGGAGAGUGUGGUUGUUUUAGAUCAUUUCACUUAAGUCCAAAACUCUGCUGCUUUCAUCACAGCUGCAGCAUCAGGGGCUCCCCCCCCUCACCCUGGUCAGGUCUCUGCCUUGGUUUUAUUUGGUUGGAUUGAAUGGUCUUAUGGGGAACCCCCUUUAGACACGGAGUUAUGAAACACACAAUUACCAUUUCCCUUCUUCGUCCGUCCCCCCCCCCCUUGCAUUAUAAGCAAUUCCACAUUCCUGAUGCAUUAGACCAAACAGCAGCAAAAAGCAGUUUGCCAGCUCUGAUGAUAAAAAACAAAAAGACCCAGCAUAUGCAGCUUUGCAUUCCAAACUCACUUAAAUCACGGCACUACUGAGGCUCCUGGAAUAAAAUUGAGUUUGCUUUUCCUCCUGCCCUGAUGCAAAAGCACAUUUACUUUGGAAUAGCCUCAUUUUGGUGUAGAAGAGGAUAAUAUAUUUUACAGUAAAAAUGACAACAUGAGCUCAGGCUUCCACCCCCAACUAUAAAAAAUAAGUUGAAAGGAAGGAUGUUGCUGCGGUGAUGAGCGCCAGUUCUGGAGGGGCCUGGGGUACCCCUGCCAGCUCAGGGACCAACGUCGGGCCUUUUGGCCACUUCUUCCAUCAGCUGCCACUCUCUGGGAUUGUCACUUGAUUGCCCCUCCCCCACGCGCCAACAACCCCGAGAUCCAGCCGCAGAUGCACCACCUACCUCACUAAAGCCAUCUUAGUUGAUUGAUUACAUCUGUCUAAAUUUGCAUCAGUGGAAAACAUUCCCAAAGGAUAGUUUUAAAAUUCCAGGUGUUUUGUGCCAGGCAUCACCUCAGAAGUGCGGUUCUUGCUUCUCUCUCACGCGAUGAAUGGUUGCUAAGAUGGCCCUUUGCUAUCUGCAGUUUUGAUAGGUGCUUGUAUCAAAAAUAUACAUCCACAAGAGUGCAAGUGGAGCGUGGCUGCAGGAUCAGGCCAAAGGCCCACCAGCAUCCUGUUCUCUCAGUGGCCUAGCCAGAUGUCUCUCUGCUUGCGAUGGCCGCAGCCGCCAUUCAGGGUCACGCUGCCUCUCAGCAGGGAGAGAGCCGAGCCCUUGUGGCCAGCAGCCAAGGAGAGCCUUGUCCUCCUCCAUGAAUUUGUCCUGUCCUCUUGUAAAGCCAUCCAAGUUGGUGGCAUCACUACAUCGUGUGGGACAGAUUCCAUCGUUUAACAUCUGUGUGAAGUGCCUGCUGCUGGAUCAGGCCAGUGGCCCAUCUAGUCCAGCAUCCUCUUCUCACAGGGGCCAGCCAGAUGUCUGUGGGAAACCCGCAUGAGAGCCGUCUCUUCCCCACUUUUGAUUCUCGGUAUCUGGCAGUCAGAGGCAGACUAGCCCUGCACAAUAUAUUCACAUGGAGACAGUUGCUCAGCAACUUUUUAAGCUGCAUUGCACCAGAAGCAGACAACCCCCUGGUGGAAAUAAAACUUCCCCUUUGGUGUUCCCCAGCUUCAUUCACUACAAACCCCAAGAUUUUGGGUCCCCUCCAUACGGGUGCUGAACUUUUGUAGUUGUUUCAUGGGGUUUUGUAGCAUGAACCCCACGUUUUGUAGCCCCCCCCCCAACUGAGUAAUUGAUAUACAGAAUCAAGCUAUGAACCCCUGUUGGAUGUAUCAGUUCCUCAGUUUGGGAGGCCCUGCAAAAUGCAGGGUUUGCACUACAAAACCUACAAAACAACUACAAAACUUUGCCAUUGGUUUGGAGGGGAUUCAAAAUGUCAUGGUUCGUGGUGAAUGAAGCUGUCUUCGCCCAACCCCAAAGUAACAAAUGCUUGUCAAAGCUGCUAUGUGGCUCUGAUCACUGGUUUCUCUGUAGGCAAAUGUGUUUCACUGCAGGGGUAAAAUCCCCUGCAAAGGAGAAUUCCCUCCCUGCCACAUCCUUCUUCCAGGUCCCCCUACCCUGAAGUGUUUCCUCUGCUGCGCUAUAAGCCUGGCAGUGAGGGUGGAGAUACGCGUGGAGAGGGGGAAUCAGUGGAAGGGAAAAGCUUAAGCGCACUUCUUCCCAGCACUUCUCCCCUACAAACAUCCCAUUGCCCUGUCCCUCAAGUUGCAUGACUUUGACAAAGGUCUGCAUUUGCUAGAGCAGCCCUUGUCAACCUGGUGCCCUCCAGUGCUGGCUGUGGCUGAUGAGAGUUGUAAUUGAAACCUUCUGGAGGGCACUGGGUUGGCAAAGGCUAUCCUAGAGUAAUGUGCAGUUCUGCACUAGGAAGGAGAUCCCCUGCCCCAGGAUAGGCUGUUUUGGCUUGAUGGGCUGUGCCAAGUAUCCAUCAUAGAAGACCCUCAGGGGUGGAUGUGAAAGGGGUGGGCAGGCUUGCAGGGUGCCGGCCAGUCAAGACAAGGGGCUCCCUUGUGUUUCCUCCUGCAGUUCAGAUGUACAGCCCUGCACCGGGCCUGCUUGCGGGGCCAUGCAGAGAUCGUGGACAAGCUGCUGGAAGCUGGGGCCAAGCUGGAGCCAAGAGACAUGGUGAGCACCCAGGGAUUCCUGACCCCUGCUGCUGGAGAAAACGUACCCAUCAAUCACUACUUUAACUUCACUCACUGGCUUAAAAAUGCUAAAAAGCAGGAGCAAGCCAGGUUGGCUGUCGUCGGGGCCACGAUUCCAGCCCAGAGGACAGGCAUGCGCUCUCCUGCCUGGCUGAAGCUCUAGUGGUUGAAGAGGGAAAGAGAGGCAGGGAGGGAGAGGUUGGGACCCUUUCCAAAAAGUAGGAAGGGUACGCCCACCCCACCGUUCUCUUUGCCAACCUGGUGCUCUCCAGAUGCUUUAGAGUACAGCUCCCAAGAGCCCCAGCCAGCAGGGCUGCAUGAUGCUGAAGAUGAUGAUGGGAUUUGUAGUCCAAAAUGUGGCAGGCGCCUAUUGGCGAAGGCUGCUUUAUGCCACAGACUGCCCUUCCCCACCUCCCCGCUCCUGUGCAGCCAGACCUUCUUGUGCCCCAAAUGAUCUUCUCCCUAUAAUGAGCGGGCUCUGCUUUGACGCAGCUGGACGCGACCCCUGUGCUCUGGGCCUGUCGUGGGGGGCACCUGGAGAUCCUCAAGCGCUUGAUGGGCAGAGGAGCCAAGAUCUCCACACGGGACAAGGUGAGCAGCCUCAGCCAAUGCUGCCUGCCCCAUCUGGGGGGCGCUGCCUCCGUGACGGAGUGGGCUCUGAGGGAUUCUCUUUCUCUGGCAGCUGUGGAGCACCCCCCUGCACGUGGCCGUCCGGACAGGGCACAGCGACUGCGCAGAGCACCUCAUUGCCUGCGGGGCAAACAUCCAUGCGCAAGACAAGGUACGAGAUGGAGGGGAGGGGUGGCCUCUGCCUCUGGGCUGUGGGGAGCAGCUGGGGUGGCCAAGCCCUCAUUUUGGCUCUGCCCAAAAGUCUGCACUGUUUUGGGGAGGUGAGCUGGCAGCAGAAACCCUCCUGAGUUCAGCGGCUGAGUUCUCUCCCUGCCACCGGAGGCGCUAUGCCUCUGAAUGCCGGGAAGCCCCUGCGAGGAGUGAGGGGCUGCUCAGGUUUCUUUGGUGUCUGGAUGGCCUUUGAGGAUGGGAUGCUGGACCAGAUGAGCCUUUGGCCUGAUCCAGCUGCAGGGCUCUUCUGAUGGUCUUUCCUUCCAGGCACUUUGGGGUGUAUCCUCAAGCUCUUUCAGAAAUGGCCCUCGCCUCACAGUGAGCUCUUUGCUUUAGCAGAAGGAAUUAUGCAAAAUAAAAGCAAUUGCGCUUGUUUGCAUAAUAUAUGCAAGACACAGAAUUUUUUUUAAUCUGACACACUCUGCACACAGCCCUCCUUUUACUGAGUUGGCGCAUUCAUCCUUCUAGCCCAGGUCAGUUUGUUCAUUGCCAUUUUCCGUGGGUCCUUGAGGCUUCCAGCAGGGCUUUUUCCUAGCCUGGGAUCCUUUUAGCCGGAGAUUGACCCAGAGAUCCUUUUGCCUGCAAAGCAGCAGCUCUUCUGCCGAGCUAGGAAUCUGCCCUUUAACUGGCCCUGGUGUGGAGGAGGCCAGGCGCACUUACUCUGCCUCCCCCUGCCCAGGAAGGAGACACGCCCCUUCACGACGCAGUCAGGCUGGGACGCUUCAAGGCUGUGAAGACGCUGCUGAUGUACGGGGCAAACCUGGCCAUCCAGAAUGAGGUGAGGCAUGGACAGUGGGGAGGUUUUACCACCCUUUCAGAAUGGGCAGCAAGCAGGGAAGAGCCUUGGGCACCCAGAGCUUCUGUGGGUCUGGUGGCACUGCUCUAUGGUGCAAAUGUACCAUUCGCUUUCUGCGCCACUCUAAGGCCUAGUCUACUCUAGGCUCACUGAGUCUGUAAACUUGUGUCUGGGCUGUAUCAUAGCAGGCUGCAGGUGAUAGCUUCAGAUGCUAAAUGCUCCUCCAUAAAAGGGCCCUUCACAUAGAAAGGACAAAGGUCAGUCUAUAACCCUUCUCAGCACCAUGUAAUUUCCCAGUAUAGGGUUUUUUUUAAUGAGUGUCCAUACCUGCACUCAGAAGCCUAGGCAAAUUUACUGGCAGAGUGAGAACUAAGCUGAUGCUCAACGAGGACGGUUAGAGGGGGCUGCUUGGGCGAGAAAAGCCCCCGUUGCUUGCCUUCUGCGGCCAGCGGUGGGCCUGUGCCAUAGCCUGCCAUCCCAUCUGUCAAGAAGCCCAAACAGGCUGAGCCUGUAGUGUGGGGAGCAUGGAAGCUGCAGCUCUCCAGGGUGCAGCCUGCUGCCCUGUGGUCAGUCCUGCCACAACACCUGGCAUGUCUCAGGCUCCCCACUCCAACAGAGAGAUUGGAAGGCUUCUUUCUGCCUCUUCCUGGCCUUCAGCUUGAGGCAGGAAGCGGAGAGGCAGGCAGAGCUGUCUGAUGCCAUUUUUUGUUCUGGCAGGAGGCGGUGACUCCAGUGGACCUGGUGAAAGACUGGCAGAUGGGCAUCCGAGAGACACUGCAGGCCUGUGCCAACCGGCAGCGAGGCCCCCUCAGGAGCUGCUGA